CAAUGCAACUUGUUGAUAUUACAUUCGCAUUCAUACACAGUCGAGCACGACAUUUCACGACCGCUUUCAAAAAAAUGAAUUGACGAAAAAAUGUCGGUGGAAAUCCAGCAAAUAUCGAUAACUAAUCUAAAUAAAGAUUAUUUUACAUUUGAUCGUCAUUUUUCAUUAUUUCAACAUGCACAUCGAACUAUAGUUCGAUUUGAAAUUGUUUUGCAUAAAACAUCUUGUGAUUAUGUAUUCAGUCUUUAUCGAUCCGAUGAUCCGGAUGAAUGUCGUGAAUGUUUUAAUAAAUUUAAAAACUAUUUACCAUUGUUAGAAGAAAAUUCAUUCAAUGCGAAUGAUUUGAACAAAGUUUGCCAAAUUAUACAUGAGAAUCAUAUAUCGCAAAAUAUUGCACAUCUAAAUGUUCAUCUAGAUAAUGUUCGUUAUUUUCGACAAAAUCUUACGGAAGAAUUACGUCAAUUAUUCAACGAUGUUGAUUGUUAUGGUUGUACACCAUUAUUUUUAGCGUUAAAAUUAAAACGAACUAAAAUUUGCGAAGAAUUAUUAUCACGAGUGGAAAUUCCAAGAACUUUAAUUAAACUUGAUUUCGAUUAUAAUAGCGUAUUUCAUUUUGCAGCUAAAAAUGAGGCAAAAAUUAUGCAAAAAUUAUGUGGCAAAAUUGGUGAUCGGUCGUUGGUACAAGAAUUGAUUAAUCAAAAAAAUCUCAAAAAUGAAACACCGCUGCAUAUUGCUUGUUAUGAGGACAAUAUCGAUUGUGUUACAAUUCUGUUGAAAAAUGGUGCAAAUAUUAAUAGUGCUUCAAGAACUGAUCAGCCUCAUCAAAGUGAUUCUGGAAUCAAAGCCGAAUUAUUGGAUAAAUUAAAAGUGGAUUUAAACAAAAUUAAAAAUGGUGGUACACCAUUGCAUUGGUGUACAAAUCACGAGAUUAUUGAUUUACUGGCCGAUAAUGGUUGUGAUUUGAAUGCAAAAGAUUUCAAUGGAAAUACAGCAUUACAUGUAAUGAUUGAACGGAAUGAUUUGAAAUGUACAAUUUCAUUAUUGACAAAUGGUGCCAACGCCAAUGUAAUAGGUCUGGAUGGUAUGACACCGCUUCAUUUAGCUAUCAAGAUUGGCAAUACAACUUUUAUACAAUUAUUAAUUGUAUUUGGUGCCAAAGUUAACAUGGACAAUUGGAAUAAUCAACAGCAUUCUCUAAGACAUUUUGCUGCCAAUUCCUAUGGGAUUGAUGAUUUGGAUAAAAAGAAAAUCAUCUAUAUUCUUCAUUCACUUGGUGCAAAUAGAUGUGACAAUGAAAGAUCAGAUUGUAAUGAAUAUUGUUCACCUAAUGGCAUGGAUAAUGGCAAUUAUGAUAAAAGUCCAUUACAAAGAAAUAAUCUGAUUGUAGAUGAAUUUUUAUCCAACAAAUAUUUCAACAAAAAUUCAGAUCCUAACAACAACAACGAUGAAAGUAAUGGAAAUAAAAAGAAUAAAUUAUUAUGUUUAGAUGGUGGUGGUAUACGUGGUUUAAUCUUGAUACAGCUAUUAUGUCAUCUGGAACGUAUCACUAAUAAACGAAUAGCUGAAAUUUUUGAUUGGAUAGCUGGUACUAGUACUGGUGGUAUUUUAGCAUUGCUUUUAUCACAAGGUUAUCAAGCUUCGAAAUGUCGUUCACUUUAUUUCAAAUUGAAAGAUAAAGUAUUCAUUGGACAGCGGCCACAUUCAACAGAAUGUUUUGAAACAUUGAUCAAACAAUAUUUUGGCGAUGAUACAAGGUUAUGUGAUUUACCUCAAAAACCAAGAUUAUUUAUUACAACCACAAAUGUUGAAUAUUAUCCACCAAGUGCCAAUUUUUUUCGUAAUUAUCUAAGUGCUGAACAAUUAUUAUCACCAAUGUCUAUUGACGAUGAUGUGAAUGAACAAUGGGAAUAUUUAUGGAAAGUAGCACGUGCAACAUCAGCAGCACCAACAUUUUUCAAUCAAUGUGAACAAUAUAUUGAUGGUGGUCUUGUUGCCAAUAAUCCAACAUUGGAUCUAUUGACCGAAUUUGAAUCGAUAAAACGUGCAAAUAGAAUCAAAGGUUACAACAACAAUGAACAAGAAACAGCAGAGCAAACGUUCGAUAUCGAUAUUGUUGUAUCGAUUGGUACUGGUGAAAUACCAAAAAGACCAUUCACACGAUUUGAAAUUAAUUCACAAUGGCAAAUUUAUAGAAAAAUUUAUGAUAUAAUUGAACUACUAACUGAACAAGCUGCACAAUCAAAUGGACAAGUUGUUGAACGUGCAAAAAGCUGGUGUUCAAUGAUAAAUGUACCAUUUUAUCGUAUUAAUCCAGCUAUAUCGGAAGAAAUCCAAUUGGAUGAAUCGGAUGAUGUUAAAUUAAUUCAGAUGCUCUGGGAAACCGAGGCUUAUCUGCAUAUGAAUCUUGACCAAAUGAAUCAAUUAUCAAUUCGAUUAUUGGAAUAACUGGAAAUCAAACAUUCAUUGAUCUUGAUAUUGAAAACGAUUAUCUAAUGUGAAUUAAUGAAUUGAAUAAAAUUUUUUUUAAUUAUAAAUAA